GUGUGUGCGCACUGGAGACCGACCAGUGGACGACGAGAUCGAACACAGAAUAAUGGCUCUUCCAGGUAAUGAUUUGUGUGUGUUUGGCUGUACUCUAAUGCAGAUAAAUGCGCACAGUGCGUAAAUCUCGCAAGGCCAGCAGACCUGGGAGAAUGGGACCUACCUGGUCAGGGAGGGAGAGAGAAGGAGGGGGUGAUGAGGUAGUUACAGAGGCUCAGAGGCAACUGAGGGAGCUACUUGGUCGACAAAUGGACACCUCAACCUUCUCUCUCCAGAGGACACUAAGAGCUGCAGACUCCAUGUUUACUUCUCCUGUAACUUACCAGGCACAGGAAGUGGGUGUGGCCCCACUGAGAUCAGUACAAGGUUACCGUAGUGACCAGAAGGCCUUCCAGACCAGUAACAAUCUGAGGGAGGCGGGGCUUAGUGAGAAGGAGGUGGAGAUGGUGCUGGGGGCAGAGGGAGGAGGAGGGAGAGUGAAGGUGGAGCCCAGUGCCAUGCAGGGCAGGAUCUCGGCUGUUCAGGAGAAGUUGUCGGGACAUGUAGCACAACUGAAGGAGAUGGGGGGUGUGGCCAGUGGAGUGCUGACCAUGAGCAGACAUGCGUGGGAGUUAGAGCAGAGUCUGCACCGUUGUCGAGAAGACCAGACAGCUCUGCACCAUCUUGUCACUCACAACAGAACACGAAGUCCAAGAACCAUAGCUGCCUUCCCAGCUAAAUUACUACCAGGAAAAGAGGGAGAUGAAGAAGAGGAGAAUGAGGAGGAGAGAGAGACGGGAGUCACUGCACAUGGAGCCACUGUACAACCUCUUCCACUGCAGCUGAUUGAAAGGAACCGCUUGACGCCAGAGCAGAUAAAGAAACUCCCACAUUUUGCUAACUAUUCCUCAGGCAAUCCCAGCUCAGUUCUAUACAUCAAGAACAUUCAUCGCAAAACUACCCUUGACGAUCUCUCAGCUAUUUUUGGUCACUGGCAAGAUGGGGUGUGGCCUAAGAUCAGACUAUUAACUGGUCGACUUGGUGGACAGGCUUUUGCCGAGUUCCAAGAUGUAGGUGUGGCUUCAGAAGCCCUAGAGGCAGUCAAUGGAUACGUAGUUCGUGAAAAACCACUUGUCAUUUCUUAUGGACAUCAACAAUCACAACACAAUCAGGCACAUUAGUCGCUAACAAAUCACCAUUAUUUUAUCACUUCACAUGCCAUUGUAAGCUGGCCCACCAGCCUCAGGAGGCACCCAGUUAAUGUUCUGACUGGGGCACUUGAUGUCACAUGUCUUACAGUGGAUGCAGUUCUGAGCAUUGAUCUGCAGCCGCAUGCCGUCUUCCCCGUCCUCUCGAGGGACAAACUCAUAAACUCCAGCAGGACAGAACAGCUGUUCUGGUCCACCAAACACUGCCAGGUUCCUGUCAACUGGGACUGUGUCGUCACGCAGAGUCAGGUGAGGUGGCUGAUCAUGAUCGUGGUUUGUACCUGUGAGAGCUACGGAGGACAAAAGAUCAAAGCUUAUCUUCCCAUCAGGCUUGGGGUAGUUCCUGGGUUGGCAGCAACUGGCCUCCAUCAGGUGGGUGUGGUCAGCUCCGUGGUGUCGUAAGGUCCAGGGUUCGCGACCUCUCAUCAAAAGCAGAGACACUCCAGUGUAUAGGACUCCUCCCAGAUUCCCGAGUCUUGAGGAGAACGAAGGUCGACUGUUCCUCACUCUCCACAGUUCCUGCCACACCCAACUCCUCUUCAACUGCUCCUCAUACGAGGCCAGCAGAACACCUAGAGGACAAAGAAGGUGGUAAAAGAAGUUGUAAGAAAAAGAAAAACGGCAACCACAGGAUUCGAACUCAGGACUUUUAGUUUGGCAACACACGUUACCACCACUAUGC